AUGGCGUACGUCAAGAAGCGAAAGGACGAGUACAAGGCUAAGAUGAUAAUUGUGGACGAACCGGAAGAGGAGGUCGAAGCCCAGGAGGAGGAGGAGCCCCAGGAAAAGCCGCCCUGCUGCACGCCGCCAUCAAUCUCGAUACCCAAGUGCUCGAUGCCAUCCUGCAAGUGCUUCUCGAAAGGAGGCGAGGAGCCGCCGGCUGAGGCGCUAGCCGAGUCGGCACCGGGUCCGCCGGAGGGCACCGUCGCCUCCGCCAUCGCCUCGCUCGAGCAGAAGGCCGGGGCGGAUCUCGACGGCGAUGGCAAAGUUGGCGCCGUUGCGGGCGCGCCGGCUUAG